AUGGCUAUCAAAAGAGAUGGAUCUGCAAUGGCCCACAUUUCUGACGAUCUAAAGCGAGACAAAACCUUUAUAUUACAUGCUGUUCAUGAAAAGAGACACGCACUAAUGUAUGCAUCAAAUGAUUUGAAAGGUGACAGAGAUGUGGUCAUGGAAGCCAUACGAUGUCAUGGUGAUGCUAUUCAAUACGCAUCAAACGAUGUGAAGAUGGACAAAGAAAUGGUAUUGGCAGCUGUACGAAAAGACGGUCAGGCUCUGCAGCAUGUUGAUGAGGUGAUGAGAAGCGAUCCAGAAAUUGUUUGGGAAGCUAUCCGACAAGACAAUUUUGCGUUGAGAUAUGUUUCUGAGAAACUUAUGUGUGACAAACAAUUCUUAUUGGAUGCUGUCAAACUUGGAUGUAGAAAUAUUCUGCGAUUAGCAAACACACCAAAAGAACUUGCCAAUGACAAAGAAUUUAUGUUAAACAUUGUCCAACUCAACAGUCUUGAAAUAGUGGGAUCUAGUUAUGCUUGUUGUGAUAAGGAAAUCAUGUUAGAAGCGGUGAAGAACAAUGGAAAUGCAUUACAGUUUGCAAGCAAAGAAUUGAAGAAAGACCCAGAACUUGUUUUGGAAGCUCUCAAAUGCAAUGGAUAUGUUUUGGCAUACAGUGAUGAAUUGUAUCGAGAAAGAAUGGAUAAAUGUUACAAUGGAGCCAGUUUGGGAAGUGCCAUCUCAGAAGAGUAG